UCUGUUCCCACGAUGGAGUCCGUCAAGCCUCGCGUAUCUGUCAUCCAACUCGUGCUCAUCCUGAGCGGAACUUCGGCGGUCCUGGUCCUGGUCUAUAAACAGCAGCUGGAGGGGCUGACGAAGGCUGCGCCGGCACGCUAUAAUCCGCUCACCAAGACCUUCGUCGGCGUCACUGCCCCGCCGGUGAACCUGACGCGCCUCGAUACCAAGCAGACGAAGCUCAUCCUGUACUGGACCAGCUGGUUCGGGGGCAAAUGGGCGGGCAGAUUUACUACAGACACCAAGGAGGGCAUGCGGGAGGUGGGUUGUCCCGAGUGGCACUGCGAGUUCACCUAUGACAGAACGCGGCUGGAAGAGGCACACGCCGUCCUCAUCCCUUCCCUCCAGUUCGGCAGACACCCGCCCACGAGGAGGCCGUGGCAGCGGUGGGUGUGGGUCGACGUGGAGUCCCCGAUGUCCGGGCCUGGCAAGAGGUCGCUGAGCAUAGUACGGAUUCACAAAAUGAAUCAUCUCGUGAACUGGACCAUGACUUACCACUCCAAUUCGGAUAUUAUGGCUUUCUACGGUUACUUUCGGUCGCUGGAUUCCUUUGAGCAGCCUCUGCGUCCGAAUUUCAUCGAGAACCACCCGACGGCCCUAUCGCAGUACCUCCGCGCCAUGGCCGAGGGCAUAACCUUGGAAGACCUGAUGGGGGCUUCCUGGAGGAGCGUCGUGGAGAAGCCUCAGCUCGUGGCUUGGUUGUCCAGCCACUGCGGGACCCUGUCGAAGCGGGAGGACUACGUGCAGGAGCUCUCCAACUACGUGUCGGUGGGCAAGUAUGGCAGCUGCGGGCAGAGGUGUGGCCGGGAUUGCUGGCCGAACAUCAUCGGGCGAAACUACACGUUCUACCUGUCCCUCGAGAACAGCUGGUGCGACGAUUACGUGACGGAGAAGCUGUAUAUGCCCCUCGCCUUGUACAUGGUCCCGGUGGUUUGGGGAGCUGCUAACUACAGCAGGAUCCUACCCCCCAACUCGUACAUCGACGCGCGAGAGUAUCACCCGAAGGAGUUGGCUCAGCUGAUGAUCCGACUCAGAGCGGAUCCCGUGGCGCUGGGCAGAUACCACUUGUGGAGAGGGUUCUGGGAGGUCCGAGUUGGAGGCAACUUCUGCGAGCUGUGUCAGCGCCUCCACACCGACGGCGAGACCAAGCACCAAGCGGACGUUCCGGCUUGGCGCGGAAGGAACGGGCGCUGUCAGGUCGUCCCGAGGAAUAUGUUUGCGCCGGGAGUGACUGCCUGGCGAAAAUUCAUUAAGAGUGACUUGCCCGAGUAGACCGGGCUCUCUCUCUCUCUCUCUCUCUCUCUCUCUCUC